AUGUUGCGCUACUCGAGCUCUUCUUGUCGGUUUGCCGUACUCAAAAGACUCAACAGACAAAUAAGACCGGUUUCUCACACGGCGCUUUUGAGAAAACCGCUUAACUUGGAUGGAACCAGAACACAGUCUAGCAAUGAAGACAUUGGCUUUUUGAAGUCAUCUGCUGUUUCCAUGACACCAGGCUUUAAUCCAUUUGAUAAUUCAGAUGCAGUGGUCCAAGCGGGAGAAUCAAGAAGCAUAAUGAACCUAUGGUCUCUACUAGAGGCUUGUCUCCAUUCCGGUUACCUAGACCGAGCUUUUUCCAUACUUAAAUCUCUCUAUGGUCUGAAGUCCCAUCGCAACUCUUUUAUUGAUGAUUACAACAAAUAUCUUAUGAAGUUUGCAGAAGGCGUAACGGACCUCAAAGUUUUGGACAGAAAGGUGUUCCAUGACCUCCAGAAAAAUUUCCCAGCAACAGAAUAUAACGACAAAACAUUGGCUAUUUUGCUUCACAAUGCACUUAAAAUUCCAACGACGAAUGAGAGUCGCUCCGAGCACUGCCAGACCUAUUUGAAAAUGGCCGUAUCUGGAUACAGAGGGAUAAUGAGCAAUGUCGACAUACUUACAGUGGAAAACUAUAGGACCUUGGUCCACGACUUGAAGCUUGUGGAGCUAAGCUAUUUGCCUGUCGAGCUGCGGACGCUGGUCGACGCGGCCGACCACACAACUGAAACUGCUGACUCAGCUCCCAUCACGCCAGUUGGAGCUGGUAACAUGUCGGGUACAAAAAAGGAAGAUACAGGUCUUACAUUGGAUAGGGACAUUCAAUCUUUAAAAAAAGAUGCGAGCGAACUUUUGGCCGUCGACACGAUAGGUAUGAAGGUGGUACGGCAUACGCUGUUAGGAAUAACGCUCACCGACGAUCAUCGCAAGCAGAUAAGCGAGUUUAAUUUUAAUUCUGCUUCUAAUCUUCUAAACUUUGAAGAAGGCAAAGAAAACAUCGACUUUUUCGAAAUACAUCGCCUUCUGAAGACGGAAGACGAAAGGGCCGCAUUUGACAAGGCAUUAGACACUUUCAAUCACGAUAGACAACAUCAAUUGGAAAAUCGUGCAACUGACGCAGCUAAAGAACGUUGGAAACAUGAUUUCGAAGAAGCAAAAGCAAGGGGAGACCUGUCAAUUCAAAAAAAGCUUAACAUUAAGCUGUGGGAAUGGUUUAAUCAAAUGCUACCUCUAGUUAAAGAGGAGGUCAAACGAUGCACUGAUAUUGCAAACAAAGCGGUAUCGGAUCCUUCGCUCUCAUCACAGGAAAAAAAACAAAAUAAAGCGAGACAGGAAUACGGUCCAUACUUGACUUUAGUAGAUCCUGAAAAAAUGUGUGUUAUAACCAUUUUGGAACUAUUGAAACUCAAUUCCACUGGUGGAGUGAUUGAAGGUAUGAGAACUGCCAGAGCCGUAAUAUCGGUAGGGAAAGCCAUCGAAAUGGAAUUUAGAGCGGAGCUUCUAUUGAAGAACGAGUCACACGUUUUCAAAGAUAUCAAUAAGAAAUCUCAUGAGUUCAAGCUCUUGGUACAGCGAGCUCGCAACACGUUUAGGUCUAUGAAGAUAGAGGAAUCAAAAAUAUUAUGGCCUCAGGAGGCUCGCGCCAAAAUAGGGUCGAUACUAAUCUCGAUGCUAAUCCAUGUCGCCAAGGUGAAGGUCGAAGGUGUAGACCCCGUUACCUCGCAAAAAGUUGAAGGCGAGGCUCCGGCAUUUUCCCAUGGAUACCAAUAUCACAAUGGCUCAAAACUUGGGGUACUGAAGAUUCACAGAUCUCUGGUACAUCAACUUAACGGCGAACGUUUAGUUGCAGCCGUUCAACCUCAACUUCUCCCAAUGUUGGUGAAGCCUAGACCUUGGAAGAGUUGGAACUCCGGUGGAUACUAUUAUACACAAUCGACUCUUAUUAGGUCCAAAGAUUCACCUGAACAAGUUGCGUAUUUAAAGGCCGUUUCUGACGCAAGCGCUAUAGAUAACGUUUAUCGUGGAUUGAACGUUUUGGGUGAAACUUCUUGGACCGUGAAUCGGAAGAUGUUCAACAUCAUGUCUCAUGUAUGGAAUACAGGAAAACCAUUCCUCGAUAUACCCGGGAACGAGAACAAGCUUGUCUUAACACCACAACCACCAAGGGAUGCCGAUCCUUCAGUCCACAGGCAAUGGAAACUGAAAAACAAAGAGUUGGCAAACGAGUUCUCAAGUAACAGAUCAGCACGCUGUGAUGCAAACUAUAAGUUAGAAAUUGCGAGGGCCUUUCUUGGGGAAAGAUUUUAUUUUCCACACAACUUGGAUUUCAGAGGGCGGGCCUAUCCACUUUCGCCUCAUUUCAACCACCUGGGGAAUGACAUGAGCAGAGGUCUGAUGAUGUUUUGGAACGGAAAGCGCCUUGGCUCUACUGGCUUUAAGUGGUUGAAGGUCCAUUUGUCGAACCUUUUUGGAUUUGACAAAGCUCCUUUGGAUGAGCGUGUUGCGUUCGCUGAGAGCCAUGUAAACGAUAUUAAAGAUUCGGCAGAAAAUCCGUUAGAUGGCAAUGGUUGGUGGAAAAAAGCAGAUAAACCUUGGCAGGCUCUGGCUACCUGUAUUGAACUGAAUGAGGCGUUAAAAAUGGAAAACCCUCACGAUUUCAUUUCUCAUGUUCCUGUUCAUCAAGAUGGUACUUGCAAUGGUCUACAGCAUUAUGCAGCCCUAGGUGGGGAUGUUGAAGGUGCUACGCAGGUGAACUUAAUGCCAAGCGACAGGCCUCAAGAUGUUUACUCGCACGUUGCAAAGUUGGUUGUAGCAAGAUUAGAAAGAGCUGCUGCCAAAGGCGAUGAGAUGGCUGCUAUUUUGAAGGAUAAAGUCAAGAGAAAAGUAGUUAAGCAAACAGUGAUGACCAAUGUAUAUGGUGUGACCUAUAUUGGUGCGACACAUCAAAUCGACAAGCAGUUAUCUUCUGUUUUCGAUGAUCAUAAGCGCUCUUAUGAAAUGUCGAAAUACCUAACAAAGCAUGUGUUUGCAUCCGUCAGAGAGUUAUUUGAAGGUGCGCACUUGAUUCAAGACUGGCUAGGGGAAUGCGCCAAAAGAAUAUCGAAGUCAAUCAGACUCGAUAUUGAUGAGAAGGCUUUCAAGAACGGAAAUAAGCCAGAUUUCAUGUCUUCGGUUAUUUGGACCACGCCUCUUGGAUUACCAAUCGUCCAGCCAUAUCGUGAAAAUGGUAAGAAGCAGGUAGCCACUAACCUUCAAACUGUUUUUAUUAGCGAUCCUUUCGCCGUCAAUCCCAUCAACGCUAGGAGGCAAAAGGCUGGGUUUCCUCCAAAUUUCAUCCACUCUCUAGAUGCUUCACAUAUGCUGCUUUCAGCUGCCAGGUGUGGAGAUUAUAAACUAGACUUUGCUGCUGUCCACGACUCUUACUGGACUCAUGCUAGCGAUAUCGAUACUAUGAAUAUCCUGUUGAGAGAACAAUUUAUCAAGCUUCAUGAGGUCGAUCUAAUAGAGAGGCUUAAAAAUGAAUUUGAUGAGCGCUACAAAAACUACCUGCAAAUUUUGAAGAUUGACAAGAAGUCAGAAGUAGCUUGUAAAAUUGUCACUUUGAGGAAAGAAUUGUCGCAAAAACUUGGUCGACAAUUCACAUUAGCAGAUGAAAUUUACAUGGAAAAGAAACGCGUUCAGUUGCUAGAGUCGGAGGACCCGGUCGAAAAAGCCAAUGGGGCUGCAAUGGUUACAACUGUCUCGCUAAUUGGAGAGGCCGGUGACGUCGGAUCACUCGAAAAGUCCAACGACGCGAGUUGUAUUAUGGUCCUGGCUCCUCUAUCAUUGCCGCAAAUUCCACCAAAGGGGGAUUUCGACGUUCGAGAACUGGAAAACAGCAAAUACUUUUUCUCAUAA